GUUUCUUAUGUCACUCAAUGACACACGUUCUUCCCCCAUAUCAUAAUACAAUGCAUAUAAAGGUCUGCGUAAAGAAAGUGUCAAAGUACGUAUAAAUCUAUAAGAUGCUAUUGUUUACGCAAAAAAACUGCUUUAGCACAUUUGGACGAAAGUUCUUAGUCAUAAAAAAAAUGGUUAUUUUUACGUAUGUAUGUCUAGAAAUGCAUAAUAAAAAAUUUCUAAAAAAAUAACUUUUUAAGAAAAAAUUAUAAUAUUUAAUAGUAUUAAUGUAUUAGAUUUUGUGAUAUUCUAUUACUAAUAAUAAAAAUGUAGCAUAAAUAAAUUUCUAUUGUGUGUUUUUAAACUUAUGUUAAAAAAAUCAAUAAAGAAAACCGCUAGCAAUGUUGAGGAAACUGCAGGGAUAUUACUGAAACAUUUAAUAAUAGUUUCUAUGUUACAUAUUAUAAUCCUUGGGCUCGUAAUCCUUGCGAUUCUUGAGCCAUAAUCACCGUUCUAGAACUGUUUACCACUAUAAACAUAAUAACACAACAGAAGCAAAUGGAGUGAUCGUGAAGCUGCAGAAACUUGCCAAAUUAUUUGAAAACAAACAAGCGGGUCUUAUCCCCAACAUAUCCACAAAAGAAAAAGAACAAUGCCAUUGUAUUUUGACUAUUUUUCCACAAAAAAGUGUAUAGGGCAGUCCUUUAAAUAAACUAAAAAAGGAAGGGCAAAGUAGUAAUUGAACAAGGUUAGCAUCCAUAUAAACUACAACAGCUCUUGAACAUGAACCAAAUAAUACAUAAAUACACAGAAUCCUCACUCUCUCACACAAACACACACACUGUUUCUAUCUCUACCUGCCCCGCUUAUUCACACAAAAAUGUUUAGCCCGUCCCAUUUCAAAACCUUGUACCCUCUUCAAGUUUUCUCAGUAAAAUCAUCAUCACCACCUUCAACCAUAAGCUCCAUGAAGCUAAAGAGAAUCAUCCACACCCUCAUAGUUUCCCACUUGUGCCGAAUCAUUCGUGCACUCUCCAAAGUCAAAGCUGUCAUAGUUGAGAUUCUUAAAGACAACUCAUCAAAGCAUUACAACAGACGCAAGAAGAUCAUUCUAGGUUCCUUCAGGCUUCACUAUAACUGGUGCUCCUCCAAAUCAUCUCACGUGUUACCGGUUCCUGAACCUGUUUAUGAAGGGUUGUUUGCCACGUGUCAUGACUCGGGAGAACAAGGUGAGGAUUGUCCUGACUCACAGCUUGCUGGGUACCUAAGGUGGCUUGAAGAGAAGAAAGUUGAAGAUGAAAAUAAAAAGGGUGCAAAUAAUGAGCAUGAAAUGAAUGAGAUUGAUGUGUUGGCAGAAAUGUUCAUUGCCAAUUGCCAUGAGAAGUUUAGGUUGGAAAAGCAAGAGUCUGAUAGGAGAUUCCAAGAAAUGCUGGCUAGAAGCAUGUAAACAAAUCACUUUUUGGUGUUUCUAGCGUUUCAAAGUUAGUUAGCUCACUUGUGAUGUUGUGCUUUCCCACAUUCAAAUUCGGUUUGUUGUUUACUUGGGAAAGCUUGUCCAUCGCCUAUGAGGUGUGUUGAGGGGUUUUAAUUAUUUGUGGUCAUAUAUAUUUGCCUUUUUCUUUUUUAUUCCAACUUUUCAA